AAUCAUUAGAUGAGGAGUCACUUUUUCUUUCUCUCAACAAGCCUGCCCACUCGGCCACAAGGACCCGGACCAUCAUCAACCAAGACCUCUCUAAACGUUAUAUACUUCCAGUUCGACUAGGAUUACAUAAGGGAAACAGCCUUCAAACCAUGCUUUCACGUGUGUUAUUACUUGUGCUGCCUACAAAACAAAACGUGCGCACUUCGAUUAAGGAGAGCAACAUAACGUCGAUGAUAUUGCCAACGUUGUUAUUGAUUGCUUCUCUGAUGUUGACGGGGCUCCGGGCUGAGGUCAAGACUGGUGGUGAUUCCCCAGGGUGUGUGUCCUGUGGUUUGCCGGCACUGGAUAAGGAAGCGGAGGACAGACUGAUGAUCGAGGUCGCGAAGCAACAGAUUUUGAGCAAAUUGCACCUUAAAGAGAGACCAAACAUCACUCAUACAAUUCCUCGGGUGGCGCUUUUAACGGCGCUUCGCAAACUCCAAGCGGGGCGCGUCAGCAACACCAUACCCACGAAAGAUCAUGGCUACGAGAUAGUAAGCUUUGCAGAAACAGAGGAGAGAGGCAGUGCGCCCAACGCUAGCCUCGGCCUCACCUUCCAGUUCCUGCAGGAGCACGGCCAAAACAUCCAGGUGCUCCAGUCCUCUCUGUGGGUAUAUGCCCGCUCCUCUGGCCUGGACCCCCACCGUAUACGAGCCCAGGUCUUCCUGUCCGGCCUCCCCGGGGACUCAAACCGCACUCUGCUUGUCGAGAAGACGCUGGACGUCCAGGAGAGCAACUGGCACACCUUCACCAUCACCCGCCCGCUGCAGGCCUUCCUGGACCGCGAACACAGCCACCUCCACCUGGAGGUCAGCUGCCGGGAGGACGGCGGGGAGAAUCUGUGCUCCUUACAGGGCUCCUCCAGCUCCUCCAGCGCCGGCGACAACCCCCACCACCAGCCCUUCCUUGUGGCCAAGGUGCGGCAACACGACGACCAGUCCAAACACUCGCUGAGGAAGCGUUCGCUCCGGUGCGGCGACGACGUCACCGUGUGCUGCAAGAGGGACUUCUACAUCAAGUUCAAGGACAUCCAGUGGCAGGACUGGAUCAUCGCCCCAGAGGGCUACCACAUGAACUACUGCAUGGGCCAGUGUCCGCAGCAUCUGUCCGGGUCCCCCGGCAUCGCGUCCUCCUUCCACGCCACGGUGUUCAGCCAGCUGAAGAUCAACGGCAUCAACACGGCCGUGACGUCCUGCUGCGUUCCCACCGAGCGCAGGCCGCUCUCCAUGAUGUACUUCAACUCGCAGCACAACAUCGUGAAGAUGGACGUCCCCGACAUGAUCGUGGAUUCCUGCGGAUGCACAUAGAUGGAAGGGAGGCGGAGAUGUAGCUGGAGGCGGAGGCGGUGGUCGAUGUUAAUGUAAUCACACAAGGGUUUGGGGAAAUUCCCAUUGACAUUCACAAAGAUACUAACACAUACAAAGAACAAUUAUUUACAUAUGUGUAUAUAAAUAUUUAUAUAUACAUAUAUAUACAGGGCUCCUUGAGCUCCUUCAGCAUCACGCAACAAUAUUUCUAUUUUUCUAGCAACCCUUGUUGAGUUUUGCUUUGCAAACAACUAAUAACAAACAUUGCCAUCUUAGGAGGUAGGUGCCAAUUCAAUUCUGCAAGUCAUCCAAACAAAUGUUUGAUAUACUUUUGGAUAAGUAAACAUGCAGUAACAAGUAGGCCUACCCAAUUUUUUAACCAUCAUGGGGGUAAAUGACUAACCUUAUUCUGAUGUAAUGCAAUAUAAUUUUUUCUAAAUCAAAAAACCAACAGCCAAAUACUAAGGAGGUUAUAGAAAAUCUGGACCAAAACAUAUUGACACAAAAAAACCGGGAUUGAUAUUGUGUCCUCAUUCUUAUGGCAAAAGUAGUUCAGUUACUUUUAUCAUUCAAUAUGCUGCUGAGAUUCUGUUCAGAGAUUAAGUAUGAUAUAGUGCCUUAAUAAUUACUAGGAUCACUUAAGGGAAACAGCCUUCAAACCAUGCUUUCACGUGUGUUAUUACUUGUGCUGCCUACAAAACAAAACGUGCGCACUUCGAUUAAGGAGAGCAACGUAACGUCGAUGAUAUUGCCAACGUUGUUAUUGAUUGCAUUUUUUUUUUUAACAAUUAUAGUUAUUCACCUAUUCAGCUUAAAUUGUUCCUUCUGCACAUCAAUUUGAUAUGCAGAAAAAUAUGUCCCAAGAAAAAGGACACAUUUUUUAAUCCGAUCAAGUGUAUUUAUGUUGGAUUUAUUCAUAACUAUGACAGUCUUCCAUUUAGAAGCUUUGUGCGUCGAACAUGCUUUUUUGUUUUCAUUGCAUUCUGUUAGCAAUUUGAGGAGAUGUUUGAAGUGAUCAUCUAUGAAUAAUGGAAGGCAGGGUGAGAGGGUCGCUGGUGAAGUCAGAUUUCACCAUCUAAGCGUCAAGCAUCUGACAUCUAGAAUCUGCCCGGAGAGCUGUAUGCAUGCGCUUCAUGCUGGGGAAAUGCAGCUAAUCAGCAUCUGCACUGUAUUGUUUGCUCAGGCAACCCGUUGGGCAACUGAGGCUCCGAUGGCCUGAACUCAAGGUUAUUUCCCAGCCACACAAGUAAACAUUCAGCGAUUGCUUCAGAACCAGGUAAUGUGAAGGUCUGCGAAACAGAUGGGUCAUUUGGCAUGUGUGGCAGGCACGUCGGCAUUUGUAUUUUCCAAAGUCUUUUUUAAAGUCAUACGCUUCUCAAGUUCCACCAAGCAAACAAUUGAUUAUUCAUCUGAUUUGGAAACAUCUGGUUCUUGCUACGUAUGUCUUUCAUUGAAGUUUGGACUUCGAAUUAAAUGUAUGUUUUUGCUUUCUUGUAUAUCCUUAAUGGUGUAAUGGCCUGAAUGGUCUGUACUGUAUCAUUCUGCUGUACGGUACGUCUCUUAAAAUCACAGGACGUUGAUAAUGUGAUAUAACAGGUACAAAUUUGAAGCAACUAGAUGAUGUGCUUUUGAAAUAAGUAAGGGUACAAUAGCAAACAGCUACAAAGCUAUCCAUAAAUUGAGUUUAGUACUAUACAAUUAUAAUAAUAUAAUAAUGAAUACUGCCAAUGUUUGUUAUUGCAAACAAUUUUCACCUAAUAGUUAUUGUAAGUCACUUUGGAUAAAAGCGUCUGCUCAAUGCCCUAAGAGUUAUUGUGUUAUUUUAUUUUUUAUAUUUCAUUUUUUUGCAAGCACUUCCUCUUUCAGGCCCCUCAGCAACAAGGAGGGGCCGUACAUAGCUUACUAAGCACUUUAUCAACUUACUGUACUUUUGAGUUCUGCUUGAAGCAUCUACGUCUCGUAGGAUGCUUGAGUACUGCCAAAAAUAAAUCAAAAACCAAAUGUUUUUGUCUCAUGCUAUAGUUGUGUAACAUGUAUGAUAUUGAAUAUGUGUGUAGAGUUGAACAGAUGGUGAAAAGUAAUUAUGUGGCAUUGUAAUUCUUUCUUCAAAUCGUAAUUGUGUCAACAUCUCUUUCUGAAGAAUCAAUUGUAACUAGAAGUUAGCGUUUUCAGGGUGUUCGCAAAUGGUCUGAAAUGACAGUCAAAUUAUAUUUUAAAUAAAAAAGAGUAAAAAUCA